AUGAUGACCAGUCCUGCCUCUAACACUGUCGACUACCGUCCGAUUAGGCGGGUCAGACAAGCUUGUCUGAACUGCAGACGUCGCAAAGUUCGCUGCUCGGGUCAGCGCCCAACCUGUGCGUUUUGUCUGCGGCUCUCAGAAGAGUGCACGUAUUCCAACGAGUUGACCAAAGCUACUGGCCAAACAUCGAGCACUCAUCUCUCCAAAAGACUCUUGUCCCUCGAAGCCAAACUGGCCGAAGUCACUCAGGGUCUCCAACAAAAGACGACGUCGAAUGGAGGGCGACAGCAUCAUAUCACCACCCCUGCUUCGCUAGGAUCCAGCUCGGAUGCAUGGCCUCUGCUUCCGUCUCUGGAAGUUAUAAGCCCUCCGAGCAGUGAUAGUUCAACCGAAAUUCAAAUACCUCUAUCUGUUGUACAAACAGCAAUUAACCAGUACUUCAUCCAUUGCCACAAUCAUCCACUGUCACUGUUCGACGAGCAGAGGUUUCGUCAACGGUGGGAACAUGGUGUGAUACCACAAUAUCUGCUCCUGGUCCUCAUAGCAUCGGCCUUGAGAUUUUCGGGCAAUUCAUUCCCCCAAGACAAACAGGAUGAACUCAUCCGCAGCUACAGCAGACGUUCUUGGACUCAGAUGGUGAAUCGCUGGAUGAAUCAAGAUGUUGAAGAAAAUCCCAAAGUGGUACAAGCCGUGCUCCUUCAUUGUCUGAUAGAUAUUGCCGGUAAGGGCGCAAACCCUUUGGACGUGUACGAAAGAUACCUUGCUGAUACGACACUGAUGGGAAUAGACGGCCAGAACUAUCGCGCGUCUGUCAAGAUUGCACUUGCCGUUCGAAUUAGCCAAGAGCUCCGAUUGAUGCUCGAGCCAGAUCCCAGACUCGACCCCGCCGAGCAAGAGGAACAAAGGCGCAUCUUUUGGUCGGCCUACGUCUUGGACAAGUUCAUUACUUGCAAAAGAACACGACCAUCGGCCAUCUCCGAUGACGAUUGUAAAGUUCGUCUUCCUAGGGAUGGCUACGAUCUGCUUCAUGGAGAGUUGCUGGAAAAGGAAUAUGCCCUAGACCAGCUCAAACUAAUUUCAACUCUCGAGGCGUCUCAUCUCAGCCCCUUUGCAGUGUUGGUCUUGAUAUCAUCCACUCUGGGUCAGUGUGCCAACUAUAGCCUGCACGAAUGUAGCUGCGGCUCGAACCUACCACCCUGGGAUUCAUCAUCUACAUUCUCAGCCAUCAGCUCCAGCCUAAUGGUGUUCGAGUCUGUCUUUAGUCUCGACGAAUCGUUUGCAGCUAUGUCCUUGAGACACUCAAGCGUCGACGGAGUGAUGGAUCCCCGGAUGGCAGGACAGCUAAUUUUGUCACGCGCCAUCUUUCACUUGUGCAAUAUCCUGCUCUAUCAUCCGCUCCUUUUAUUGCGCCGAGCUCAUUCUCUGAAGGAACGGGUUCCAGAGAGCUUUCUGCGACGAACAAAUCAAAUGUUGCGCGAGCAUGCGGUCGCCCUGACGACCCUACUGCGGGAUUCCUUUCAUGCAGGACAUCGUGGAUCGAAUGUGAUGAUAGCGUAUUGUGCUUUUAUGGCUGGUGUCACACACUGUCUCCAUAUUGCUUCUGGAGUAUCGGACGUUGUGGACGACUUUGCAGAGCUUGCCGACUUCAGCAUGACUUUGCUAAGCGAGCUAGCAAGCAAAUGGCCUAUAGCAGCCUCUAUGCUUCAAAAUCUCCGAGCUCUUCAUAAAGAUAGUCUACAUCAUAACGACCCUGCAAUCCCUCCAGUCGACUUUCGCGACCUCGACAAGCGCUUUGUCGACCGCAACUUGAGAUUGAUGGACCAGGGACUUGCUGUUGAACCGUCAGGCAAAUAUCUUCCGUCUCAGUCAGUUUGUCAGAGAUAUGAAAACUCCCACAGUGACGCCUUAGACGAAUACUCUCCAGAAUUUACGUUGUCGUUCGAAAAUGCUACGCUCCCAGCGCUAGAUGCAGACAUAGAUGGGUUGCCGAGCAGUGGGGGAAAUGAACAGUAUGGAUCUGCAUUGGUUUCUUUUGACACGUCACCUCUGGCAUCAUUCUUGAUGGCACAGGGUAUGGAGACCGUGGAGGACUAA